AUGAGAAAUUUUUUUUCUUUAACAACCUUAAACUCUCCUUUAGAACAAUUUGAAGUAGUACCUUUUAUGGGAUUAAAUGUUCCUUUAUUAGGGGUUUUUAACUUUACUUUAACUAACUUAGCCUUUUACAGUUUAUUAGUUUUGGUUAUAUUAACAGCCUUACAUCUAUUGGCCUUAAACAACCUUAAAGUUGUACCAAGCAAGUGA